UUUGAGCAACGAGAUGCCUCGCUACCAACGCGAGCUGAGCUACGACGAUAGCAAGGGCCUCGGCGACGACAAGCUUUCGCCUACAGCCGAAGUUCCUGGUCUCCACAAAGAUGGACAGGAGUACGAGGUGACAGUCAGGGAGGUCGAUGCGGCUUUUGCGGCCCUCGUCGCUGAAGAGGCCGACCACGACAUCAAGCUAAGGACGAUGUCGUGGCAAAAGACUGCGCUCUUGCUGCUCGGAGACCAGGUCUGCCUGGCCAUCAUGGCUCAAGCCUGGAGCUUCAAAGUUCUUGGCUGGGUUCCGGGUCUUAUCACGACAUUCUUGGCAGGAGUCUUCUUCUGGGUCACAUCUUACACCCUAUGGCGCUUCAUGAUGAAAUAUCCUGGCUGCCGUGACAUCUGUGAUGUCGGCUACCAUCUCUUUGGAAAGAGCAAAAUUGCCUACGAGGUAACUGGCUUGAUGCUUUUGGCCAACAAUAUCCUCCUCAUCGGCUUUCACGUACUCACUGGCGCCAAAAUUCUCAACACGCUCACGGACCACAGCCAAUGCUCCGUCGUGUUUGGCGUCAUUGCGGCCCUCAUGGGCAUCGUUCUCUCGUUGCCUCGUACCCUCAACCACGUUUCGCUCAUGUCCAUCUUCUCUGCCGCCGCCAUGGGCAUCGCCAUAAUUCUCUUCAUGGUUUUCGCCGGCAUCGAGUCUAAUCCGGCGACAGGCUAUGGCGGAGACUACCCCACAGUCGGUCUCGUCGCUACCAAUGCUUUUCCGGCUUCUACCACCACCUGGGUCGACUGCCUCAACGCCGUCCUCAACAUCACUUUCCUCUGGGUUCCACAGAUCCUUUUCCCGUCGUUUGUGAGAGAGAUGAAGAGGCCGCAAGAUUUCCCUAAGGCUCUUUCCGUUCUUGCGUGCGCCUCGUUUGUCCUUUUCAUCGUCCCCGCCAUUGUCGGUUACCACUACCUGGGCCAGUAUGCCGAAGCGCCAGCCUUUGGUUCGCUCCAGGACAACUACAAGAAGAUCUCGUUUGCAUUCGUCAUUGUCCCCACACUCGUCAUCGGAGCCAUCUACAGCAAUGUGUCAAGCAAGUACAUCUACCAGAGGAUUAUGGGCAACUCCAAGCACGCACACAGCAACACCAUCAUCGGUUGGGGCGUCUGGACGGGUGUGGUUGUUGCCGUGUGGGGAAUCGCCUUCAUCUUCGGUGAAGUCAUUCCUUCCAUGGGCGACUUCCUCAGUCUGCUCGGUGCGGCAUUCGACUCGUUCUACGGCUUCAUUUUCUGGGCAAUCGCUUACGGGCUGCUGGAAAGGGGCCAAUACUUUAAGGGGCCUCUCAAAUCAGUCAACACCAUCUUCCACGUCAUCACCAUGGUUGUUGGUCUCUUCCUGCUUGGUCCCGGCCUGUACGCAGCCGUUGAUGCCAUCAUGGCUGACUACGCUGGCAGCACCAGACCUGCCUUCAGCUGCAAGAAUCUUGCUAUCUGAUUGUAUUUUACCUCGGCAACGAGACAGGACGACUUGAUGAUCGCCACAGCUUCUCAUACGUACAGUACUGUGUCCCCUCCUUCCCCCCCCCCCCCUUUUUUUUAUUUUU